AUGCAGGCUCAACGACGCGGACAUAGUUUGCCCAUCCAGGCAGGCAUUGGCCCUAUUGUCAACGUUAUGGCCAGCGCGACUGGUCCACGUGCGGGCUUGGGCCGCGACGCGACUAACAAUCGUGUGAACGCUUUGGACGCAUCCAGGAAUCAUGCCACCCCUUCGAAUACCAAGAAAGACGAGGAAGACGACAUGCGAGGGCUUUUUGGCAGUGACGACCUCACCCUUGACGCGCUUGACCAGGCCGAUGAUGAUGAUGAGGGCUCAAUCCAGGAGAACGCGCAAUGCGCUCCAAGAGAGCCCAAUGACGGCGACUUCAACUUCGAAGAGUUUGAACUUGCCAAGGACGACCAGGCCAACGAACGCGAAACAAGAGAACUGGACAGCGAUGAUUUUGACUUUGAAGACCUUGUAGAUGCUGAAGGGGAGGAAAACGAGGAAAACGAAUGUUUCAAAGGCGAUGGCGCUACCACACACCCACCUGCUUUCGUUUCUGGCGACACUUUUCCGUCAGCCAUUUCUGCGGUCCAAAACCAUACAUCGGUCAUGACGGGCCCCAACCUCACAGACCCAGUUUCGUCAGCCAACAACAGUGUUUCAUAUGAAGACCACGAGGCUCAAAGGCAAAUGUUGGCGAUUCUGGGCGGUCAACGACUUUUCCAAUCUCAGCCUAACGGCGACCAUCUCCUGCGCGGACAGUUGUCGGGCUUUGGCACUCCAGUCAACGAGACCCCACAAUACUCCGCGCGACAGGCCUCGAUAAAUGGCGGUUUUCUUUCGCACCAACUGCCGGACUAUGGCCGGCCAGUGGACAACUCCCAACAAUACGCAAUUCAUCAGCAGUCUGUUGGUGUGGCCGCACCUAAUCAAUACGCUGUUUUCAACCAUCCUGGCCUUAAUCUAGCGGCGCCACAAAAUUACAACUCUGCCUCCCUCUAUAAUCCUUUCGCUAUGCCUCCCCCAACUGCCUAUUUCCAACCAUGGGCCGCGGCCAAUGCAUAUCAGCCGUAUCCGUAUCCUGCCCCGUUGGCGGCUAGAGGGCAGUAUGCUGCACAUGCUCCGGCCGCUGGUUCGUCUUACCGAUACAACAAUGCAGCUCUUCCGACCUCCUAUCCUAUGCAUGCCCCCUCUUUUCCCAACAACGGCCUCCAUCAAACGAACGAAAAUUUGUAUCGACAUCAUCAGCCGCAGCAGCAGAAUGGUUCCGGCUCCUCAAGGAGUGCGAUACCUCUCCAAGAACCAUCCCGGAAUGCGAAUACUCGAGGAUACCGCUUCAAGCAGCAUCAGCUCAAGCCUAAUGUCCGCUAUUCUCCAUAUCCAGCUCAGUCCUCGACUGCCGCAAAAAGUGGGGAUCACAGCUCUGUCAACCGUGAAAAAAUGCCAACGGUUACCCCGCAACCAAAAAAUGCCCUGGAGCUUCAUUGGGUCGUUAAUGGCACCCCCCAGCCAGCAAGGGCUGAGGCCGGUCCGUCCUCCCAGGCUUCCGGAGAACGUCACGUGCCACGCGAGACGGAGACGCCGAUACCCGAGAUGGCGGUACAGGUGCCACAACCACGCGCGCCGCGUAAAAAGCCAGUGCAGCAGCCCCGGAGAGUCAAAACUUUGAAGUUAUCCCCUUUGAUGGUGGCCGCCGCGCGCGCGAAGUUGUCUGCUCAAACAGUGGCAGCCCUCGACACUGUGGUCUCGCUCGGGGAUUGUAAUGAGUCUGCCGACUGCCGGAUCCCAAUUAUCGGCGCUAAUGGCGAGGGGGAGCUAUGCGGGCAUACAUUUGCGGACGGGCAGCACAGCAAUAACGCGACGGCCAAGACAGUUCGCGACCACCUGAUCGCGGUGCACGGAUUUACGGACAACCGGCGCGGGGGGCGGCGCGGAACCGGGCCAGAGGCGCCCCGGACGAUGGAGUGCGGGUGGGCGAUGGAGGACGACGGGGAACCAUGUGAUGUCACGUACGAUGAUGUUGGGAAGACCUCGGACCAUAUGUGCCGUGCGCAUGUCCGUCGGGAUUCCUAUUUUCGGUGCGUAGGCGAUUCGACCUGCCGGCGGAUCUUUCGCACCAAAGACGAGCUGACAGUGCAUCUCGUCGACUGCGAGGCGGAGGCCAGACGCAAGCAACAAGCGGGGUGGGGGCACGUGCUCGCGGCAGCAGAGGCGUGA